AUGAAGACGAACGUGUGCGGAGCAACGAACGGCCUGAAACUAAGUGGGCUCCUGUCGGUGUUGUACACAGACACAGGUGAGCAGACGAGCGUGAAAGGCUGCGACGCGAAGGUGGCAAUAAUUGAUGGCCUUGGGAGCCGCGGGUUGCUGGAGGUUUUGGUCGUGGCUGACAAGGACGAUUUUGAGAAGCCUCGUAAGAAGUUCGAUCUCGUGCACGACAGCGUCCGACUGCUAGUGUUGCCGCCCAAAGACCUCGACGGGUGCCUGGGCGAUGCUUCCGAGUUCAUGUUUGAAGAUGAGUGCCGACAAAAAAAGAAGAGCAGUAAGAAGAGCAGUAAGAAGAGCAGGAGCGAGUUGGACGAACGGGUGGCGCUGAUUGAGACCCAGGCAGCUGACUUCCACCGUGCCGUGGACUCUCUGGCGACCAGCAUUUGGCACGGCUUGGUGUCGCCCAAGAACCGACUGGACCGGCCAGUCGCCGACCGAAUCUACGAGGACAUUGUGCCGAGGACUAUGGCGCCUGCGCGACCCCUGGAGGGCACUAGGCGGCCCUUUAUUAAGAAGUGGCGGCCGGUAACUGAAGAGGAUUAUGACUUGUUGUGGAAGGAUCACUUCAGCCUUGGAGAACAAACCUCGGAGCCAGAAUACGACGACUUGAACAAAAUUGUAUUCCGAGCGGCAAGUCCUGAGAAGGCAGGAACGCGUUCCCUGUCCGCCGUGUUGUGCCAGAGAGGGCUCGAAUACAUGGUAAUCGGAGCUAUAGCCGUGGCCUUGCGCUGGGCCUUUUGCACAGAUAGCGAGUGCACCAACGUGCAGAGGUACUGGAAGGGCUCCGCCGCUGGCAACGGCUCCGCCGUUGCCAACGGCACGGCCCCGGUGGCCGACGGCCUGGUGCAGGCUCUCGACUCUUCAGGCAACUUGGGCAUUGUCAUCAGCAACUUCCGCGACGCUGCAAAAGAAAUCGCGGCGGUCGCUAACAUCUCGCAGACGGGUACUGGUGCGCAAUACGUGGAGCUUCCUCAGUUUUCGUUCGACAUGGCGAAGAGUGCCCUUGUCGAGGCAGCAAAGACGAUCUGCGAGAGGUUGACUCCGGCUUGGGACCCGGAGGCUAUGGCAACGCGUGGUGAUCCUACGGUUGUCCCUCAGACUGGCUUCGGCUGUGGUCCUAGGAGCCGUCCGCAGGCCAGCUUUGCAUGGUUGAACAGGCCGGGUGCAUACGUCGAUUCCGGGACGGGAUGGGACCUGCAGUGGUACCGAUCGCCCUUGACAAAAUGUGUACAAAUGGAGUUCAACCCGGAAAGAAGCGACUUAUGGGUAGGCCCUCUCACACCGGAUUCAUGGGUGAACAACUGGGCCGUUUGUGGCUGGCCGGGCAACGCGACCUUGAUGUGUCGCGACUUGGGAGUAAGCAAUCCACAGUGUUUUGAGUUCGCUUCCUGGAACGAGGGCCCCCUUGGUCUCCGCUUUCUGAUAGGCAUGAUCAAUCGAAUCUUUCACCCCACUGGCGACGAGGAUUGUAUUCUUCGUUGUCAACCUUCGGACAAAGAAGAUGUCCGCGCCAGUCGGCUCGCCGAAGCCCAACGACGGGUGUCGGACAGAGAAUUUGAAGCCAGCCGACCUGUCUUGGACGGUGAUGGGUGCAGCUCGGAGAGGCUACAGCGUUUCGUGGAAGCAGUCAAAGAAAAUGAUGCAGCAAAAUACGCAGAAGUUUAUUCCAGCAAAUCCCUACCCUUCCACCACGACGAACUUAGCCCAUUCUGGUUCAAGGCGCCCUGCGGUAGUGGCAUGUGGGUACCCGGAGAGCCACGACCCACGUGUACCUGUCCAAAGCUUCGUAUAACGUGCGAAAUGUCGAGGAAGCCAGACCAGACCUUUGAGUUAUUGAAUUCCAACCGCACCACCAGUCAGGACGCUUUCACUGCAAUCUCUUCAUGGGUCUUACCGGAGAUGCGACCCGAACGCUGCUUCUACCAAUGCCUCACUCCGGUCUUUUCCAAUUCGACUGCCGAGUAA